GCUUGUUCAAAAUGGCGGCUCGUGAACAGAUCUCGUUCAGAUCAAAGCCUUCUUCUAUCCUUACCUGAUCUCAGAAUUUUAUAUAUUUCGUAAAGAGAACUAAUUGAAAUGGAGCUUAAGGCAUUUGUUGAGAAAUGUAAAGAUGAAGGACAUUUCAUAGAGAUUUUUAACAGUGGAAAUCACGACAGACUCUGUUGGAAUGGCGGUGCGAAACAAGAAGACUUGACAAUUUCUUUGUCCCAUCACUAUGACAGGAUGGCGGCUGAUGACCAAUUUGAAGCCAGCAUCGAAAAGACGUGGACUGAUCUUAAGGAGAAAAAUCCCUUCCUUUUCAACGGCUCCAAAUUUCGUCUUCAUGGCGUAAGGAACGAAGCCGGAGAUUCACUGUCUCUUCUGUUAGGACAAACUUGUUAUAGAGAUUAUGUUUGUACAAACAUGAACGACAAGCACUGGGGAUUUUUAAGAGACUAUGGCAAACGUGAAUACGCCAACGAACAUGCAUGUUUUUCUGAUGCAUUGGGUGUUGGUUCUGUCGUGGAAACAAGUGACAGUAAGUUAAUUUUUAUUAGAAGAAGCCAUCAAGUUUAUGAAGAUCCAGGUCAUUUAGAUACCCCAGGAGGACACGCAGAACCCAGUGUAAGCACUUAACCAGUAAAAAAUAAAAUGAUACUUAUUUAAUUUAAAUCCACUAGUCUUUUAUUGCAAAUACUGCAAUCCUAUUGGUUACAAUAUUCACAUUAGAAUCUAUUCCAUCGAGUAGUCUAGUGCCCGGCAAAACGCACGCUUUUCUUUAAUGCAACAUCUCGCUACAUUGUUGACCGCAAUGUGUUGCACAUGUUUUUCCACCCUGUAGCAACAUGUUUCAAGAUGUUGGAUGAUGUUGGAUCGAGUUUGAAAAUGGUCAAACUAUUGUUGCAACAUUUUUGUUGUCACAGAGCGAUCCAACAAUGAUGCAAGAUGUUGCGUUGAAAUGUUGAGUGCUUUUGACAGGGCCUUUACACUUUGUUUGUGAACAGUAAUCCGUCAGGCCAUUCAAAAUUUAUGAAUUUAAGUAAAUUUCUAUGUUGCAAAAGUGAAACUUUAAAAGCAAUUCAAAGAAGCUACUAGCAUCAUUCUCAACCUUGGAUGUUUUUGGACCUCACCUUCAUAAUGUUGGCUAAAACAUUUUAAAAUUGCUUUCAGGAAGUUAAACAGACCAAUAAACAAACUGAGAAUACAAGUGUGGUUGAUAUUGAAGAUAUGGAUGGCAAGGCAGUGGUGUAUGAGUUGUUUCAUUCUAUUGUACGGGAAGUCAGAGAUGAAGUAAGUUUUAUAUCAAAUAUAUAUGCUUUCUCAUUUCCCACCUUAUGGAAAUCUUCUGCUACACAUUAAUAAUGUGUGGAUGAGACUUUCCUAAUUUAAGUUAUGCCUGAUGAGUUAAUUUUUGUGACACUGACCACAAUGUGCUGACACUUAUCCAUAGGGUUUCUACACCAUAAAGAUGAGGGUUGGCCCCACUAUUUCACUACAAUUUCUUGGCAGUAUGUUGUUUUGAGGGGGAAACAAUGGCCCAGUGUUUAGCUUGUUGGACACCAGAGCAAGGGGUCUGGGCCUAAGCACUGGCUGAAUCACUGUGUUAUGUUCUUGGGCAGGCUUGGCUUCAUAUACUUGAUCUUGUUGGUAUCAGCUCUGAAGAUAAAAUGUGGAAGUAAUGAAUACAACAAAUUGAUCCUGGGUAACAUCUCAGUUUGAUAAAUCAAGAUCCUUUCCAGAUGAAUUUCUGGUAGACAACUUUGCCUGGUAUCUAGAGAAAAGGAUCACAGACACAAGUAAUCACCUUUGAAUAACAAGAUACUGAUCUUAGUCUCAAGAUCCUUUAAUUAACAACAUAUUUUUAAACUCAUAUUCAAUAUAGGUCAAUAUUCCAGAAGAAUAUAUCAGCUGGCCACUUUUGACUGGAAUUUACCGUAAUCACCGCACUGGACAGAAACCUGGGGCUUGUUUUAGGAUCAGGUCUCUGUUUUUACUUUUUGUCUGUCUGAAAGGCCUAUCAUCAAAUCUUAAAUUGUCCUACUUGGUGAUUCAUUCAAACCAUGCUGAUAUUAAUACUUGUUUAUAAUAAUCAGUGAAAUCUAGAAAGAAAACUGAACAAAACAAUAGCAGAUGAAAUUUACCAAUCACAAGGGAGCAUCAUGCUGAGAAAACUGGGAGAUAUAUAGUUAAAACUGUAGCCCUGAUGAAGAGCAGCAGUCUACAGCUAAGAAAAUCCUCAUAUUAAACUAGAUGGCACAGUAUGGUUCAUCAAAUUAUUAUUUUAAACUAGUUAAUUAAUAUCAUACUUUCCCACUGCAAAAAAACUACAAGGUUACUUACACUAAAAUUCACUAAAAUAUGUUUUACCUGCCAUUUUUUUCUUGAAGAUGCUCUCUCAAAGGCGAGAAAAUCCAUGAGUUUUAUCGCAAGGGUGGACCAGAGGCUUAUGAAUCAUCCCAACUGCUGUUGGUGGACUUAGCUGUAAGUUUCUUUCAGUUCUAAAUUGGGUCAGUGCAGAGUGCCAUCUUGGCCAUUGUUUGCAUUCUCUAAAUGCAUUUUAAUCUUUGUUAUUGUUGGUUACAGGAAUUCCAGAGGGGCAUGUCGUCUUCUAAAGUCAAGGAACUGUUCAAAGAUCUCACUCCAGGAUGCAAAGCAUGUCUGUAUUUUUAUUUCAACCUACAAACUAACUUUACUGUAUGAAAAGCCCCGCGCAGCAAGUAUUCUGGAAGAUUAGCAGACACUACACUUUCAUUAUGAAGGCUAUUAGUGGGACAUGCAACACUGAAGGCGAAAUUACUAAUUUUGACAGUGAAUUUAAGAAAGACGAUCUUCCUUCCAGAUUAGUUUUAAUAUAUUUAUGAGAAAAUAAGAAACUGUUUUUAACAAAUAUAUUGAUGGCUGUUUUGAAAUAGAAAUGGAAUGUAAUGGACUUACGGAAGAUAUGUGGUUAUGGUUUGUUCUCGUCUACAAUUUUGGCAGUUUUAAAGGGUC